AUGCCUCCUCGUCGCCGUGCCGCCGCGCCCCGCGCCCAGUCGACCCUCUCGUUCGGCACCCAGUCCCGAGUCACCAAGCCGUCCAGCACCCCGACGGCGAUCCACAAGGCCAAGGGCCUCGAUGCUUCCCCCGCAGACAAGUCUGCAUCGGGCACACCCGAACCCCAACAGGUUCUGGCCGAUGCGCCCUCGAAACCCCAUGUGGCCGAGCUCGUCGUCCGGCAGCAGGCGGCCGCGGAGCUGCAGGAGCCCCAAUCCGCGGAAGACAAGCAGGCGCUGAAGCUCAGCAAGAGGGACUUGCAGACAUACUGGAAGAAGGAGGAGCAGAGCCGGAAGGCGCCACGAGUUCACCAGAUGGACCUGGACCUGGAGGAGAAGAUCCUCCGCCACUUUGACCUGUCUAGUCAAUAUGGGCCUUGCAUUGGCAUUGCCCGACUCAAGCGCUGGCGACGGGCGAACAUGUUGAAGCUCAACCCGCCGCUCGAGGUCCUGGCGGUCCUUCUGCAAAACCAGAAUAGCAACGAGCGGGCGCAUAUGGACGAACUUCUCUCGUAG